GAAACAAUUAUGACAGAAUUUAUGACAAGAUGGGCAACUCUCUGUCAGAUCAGGUAUCAGCAGAAACUAACAAUAAGACUGAGGCAGAGAGCUCCCAGUCCCAGUCCCUGCCCCAAGCCAUCAAGCCAACAGCACAAGUUCAGCCCCAAAAGAAGCUGCAAGAACCCCGGGAUACGAGAAACAAAUUAUUCCGCCGGGCGAUUACGAAGCCAUACUCAAGGAGGCAGACACGCCACUCAACAAAAAAAAUUUGUCCAUGAAAAAUCUGUAUGAUCAUCUCUAUAGUGGUGUCUUCUUGAACCAAAUGAAAGAGAAGUUUUGGGUAGAAAAGAGUUCAAGCAAGAAGUGCUUCAUGCUGUUCGCGAGGGGUCUCUCUAUUACUUGGGCCGACACCCCUGAGUACUGGCACUGGAAGAGUGUACAAGAAGCCACCCCAAGGGAUGAAAUGAUCGAGGUGGCGGAAUUACUGAAUGUUUGUUGGCUAGAAGUACACGGCAAGUAUGAGAUAUCGAGACUGUCUCCAGAAACAAGUUAUGAGGUUGUGUUCAUGAUUAUGCUGAAGGAUCCAGCUUACGGCUGGGACGUCCCGGUAAAUAUCAGACUUAUCCUUCCUGAUGGAACCAAACAUGAAACUAGAGAGAACCUCAUGGAAAGACCUAGGGGGAGAUGGAUAGAGGUCCGAGCAGGAGAGUUAAGGACAUUGGCGUCUGGGAACUCUGGAACGAUGGAGUUCUCCAUGUAUGAGUAUAAAGGUGGGCAGUGGAAGCGAGGGCUCAUCGUGAAAGGCGUUCUUAUUCAGCCAAAGAAAUGAACUUACGGGACAUCCACUUGUAUCUUGUUUAAUGUAAUACCUUGAAAUGAAACUUAAGAGUGACUACUCAGUAACAGGAUAAGAAGGGGGAAAAGAAAGACUCGAUUACCAACCUCAUAGGUUAACUAUAUUUGCACUGGUAAAGGAAAAUUUAGAAAUAAAUGGAUCAUUGUGCAUGACGCUUUUAAUUUUUUCGUUGUA